UUAUCAGCACCCGCGGUACUUUCAGUGUGGAAGUAUUAAAGUCAGGGCUUAAACAUUGUCAUUGUCUUUGGGUGUGGUAGGCUAGUAGCUUGUUUGAGUGAGGCUAAAUACUUUGCUUUGUGCUGUCUUCCAUGGACACAGACACCAGUCAACAAGACUCUGAGCUAGAUGCUCAAAAGAAGCUAGCCAAGGACUUAUGGAAAGCUGUACACAAUCGUAAUGUCAUCAAAGUGGUGUCCCUGUUGGAACAGGGGGCAGACCCGAACCACCAGCUCUACUGGAGUAAGGAGUGGUAUACAGAUCCUCCAUUACACAAAGCUUGCUUGAGGGGCCACCUUGAGAUUAUGAAGACACUGGUUACCCAUGGAGCUCGCACUGAUAAAGGUGAUGGGACGGACAACAUGACUCCACUUCACUAUGCAUGCAUGGGAGGUUACAAAGAGAUGGUGAAGUAUUUGACUAAGGAGGUCGAAUGUAGCACUGAUGUGAGGGAUUAUGAGGGACAGUCACCACUGGACAGAGCUCUGGAACAUCUGUAUAAUGAUAACUGUGUGGAUGUUGCCCUCUAUCUGAUGAGCCGUGGCUGUGGUUGUGAUGAGGAUAAGGCCAAGUUACUGUGUGGAGUAUGUCGGAGUGGUAAGCUGGAUGUGGUGAAGGAACUGGUUGAGCAACACCAAGUUGACCCCAAAAAUGUGAAGGGUGAUAAGGGACAGUCACCACUGGACAUAGCUCUGGGACCUCUGUAUAGUAAUGAACGGUGUGUGGAUGUUGCCCUCUACCUGAUGAGCCGCGGCUGUGGUGGUGAUGAUGACAAAGCCAAGUUAAUGUGUGGAGCAUGUCAGACAGGAAAGCUGGGUGUGGUGAAGGAACUAGUUGAACAACACAAAGUUGACCCCAAGAGUGUAACUAACUAUGCUGGCAAGACUCCUCUUGACUUGGCUACACAGAGGGGUCGCACUGAAGUUACUGACUACCUCAAGUCUCUUCCACAACAAUCUGCUGUGACUGGAGACAGUGACUCCUGGACCAUGAGUGAGGAGAAUGGACCACCACCAACAAAGAAUCAAAACGGCACUCCAUUGACUGAGGAAGACUCUGAUGCUCUAGAAAAGCUGCUCCUAGACAACAAAAUCAAAGGAUUUGCUUUGACUGGUGAAAGGACAUAUCAGACAGUUGUACACCACCUUUAUGAGCUCGGACACGAGGAACUAGCUUCAAACCUCAGAUCAAACCUUGACAAAGCCAUCAAAUGGCAGCAUCGAUACAUCGACAGACUCAUGACUCUAAUGGUCGAUAAGGAAACGAUUGAUAUGUGCACUUUGAAACUCUGUCUCGUUGGUCCGCCUCACGUAGGGAAAACAACCACACUCAAUCGUCUACUGCAAGUGUACGAAAACAUUCAAUCAGCUGGAGACAAGGCAAAACAUCCAAGCACUCUACUAGCUAACUGCAUCCAGGUUAUGGCGUUGAUUAAUGAAGAUAAGUGGAUAUCUUCCAUGGAUGUCGAUGAAGAAGCCAAGAUGAUUUUCGGCUAUCUAUGUGGCAAAGUAACUCUCGAUGAAAUAGAUCUACCCAAAGAGGAAAUGACAAAGGCAGAAAGUAGUCAAGGAUUGGAAACACAUUCUAGUGAUAAAGACACUACCCCCAUCAGCCCAGCUGAAGAAAAUUUACCUCACAAAGUCAACACACAGACUGUAAAACAAGCCACACUUACUGACUCAAAAGAUAAAGCUGCUGUAGACCACCAAAACAAACUCGCACAGGUCAUUCUUCGUUUGCAAAAGCUGAUUAAGAGCGGAAACUACUCUCAAAUGGCCAAGUGUCUUGGCAACACCUUACUAAACAUCAACGAUGUCGGAGGUCAACCAGAAUUCCUGGAAAUGCUACCAGCCCUGAGCAAUGGUCCUGCCAUGUAUCUAGUGUUCUUGGAUCUGAGCAAGGAGCUUGAUAAGCCCUAUGAUAUCCCCUUCAGUCGAGACGGUAAAGUCAUCACUCCUUAUAAAUCAAUGCACACAGUGAAAACCGCUGUCUCUCAAAUCCUCUCAUCCAUUGCUAGUGUGCGUCACAUGUCGGAAAUUUCAAAGCCUCUCUUAAAAACUCCUCAGUUGAAAGACAAAUUUGAAGCAUUUCUCACUGUGCCUCCAGUGGCAGCCCUAAUAGGUACCCACAAAGAUAAGCUUGGCGGAGACUCAGCAGAUAGUCUAGAAAGAGAAAUAUAUACCAGAGAUAAAAUGGUGGAGAUAAACACAGCAUUGAAGCCAAUCACCAAGACUUUUGAGAACAUUUUAAUUUUUCCCAGACAAAAAUCUGACACUUCUAAUGAUAAAAGAGGAAAUUGCUCUUCUGACAGGAUGUCCUUUUUUGCCCUUGAUAACGAUAAAGGCACUGAGAACGCUGAAAUUUCUCCAUUACGUGGCUUAAUGAAUAAUAUAUUCUACUCUCGCUUCGGCAAAACCUCUCUUCCAAUAUCAAAAAACUGGCUUGUACUAGGAAUUAUUCUUCGAAAGGAAUAUAAAAUUGCCACAGUAGCAGAUUGUAUUGAAAUAGGCAAAAUGUUGGAGAUGGAUGAAGAAGAAACCAAAAUCUGUCUACUCUACCUUCAUUGUAUAGGCUCUAUCCUGUACUAUACAAAUGUACCCGAUGAUGACGAUCCAUGCUGGCUCCUCAAAUGUCACGUCAUCUGCUUACCUCAAGUGAUCUUCGAUAGCAUAAGCCAACUGAUAAUCGUGUCUAUGCUGAGUGUUCAUGGUGGAGGCUACGACACUGAGUUUGAGCGAGCAGAAUUGAUCAGGAAAGGUCAGUUCUCACAGGAGGCCAUUGAGAGACAUUGCAAAUUAGAUGUUCAAGUUACCAAUAAUCUGGAAAAUAAAUUGCUGAUACCAUCCGGACCGCUUGUGAAGCUUCUCAAGCACCUCAACCUUCUCUCUGAGAUCACACACAAAGACAAAGAUAGUGAACGAAUCACCUACCUCAUGCCGGCUAUCUUGGACUGUGCUACAAUAGACAAGGUGAGCAACCCACCUCAACCAGACACCAACAACCCAGAACCACUCAACAUCACAUUCAGCUUUGGUUACGUGCCAACAGGAGUCUUCUGUGGACUCAUCACUCGACUAGUUUCCCAAGGCCCUCAUGGAAUUCUCGGAUUGACAUGGGAAUUGAUGGAGGAAGAUAGUGUUAAACGAAAUUGCAUCUCCUUUUACGUUGACUAUGUACACAAAGUGACACUGCUCUCUCACGACAGAAGCUACGAGAUACGAGUUGAACGCAAUGCAGAACAGAUUGAUUUCUCACUUCACGAUCUUUGCUCCUACACUCUGUCAGCAAUCAUGUAUUCUCUCAAGAUCCUGUUCCCAAAGUUGAACCUCAGUGUUGCAUUUCCAUGCUCCUGCCCCAAACACGCAGCAAGCAAGAGUCUCAACAAUGUUUGCACCCUUAUUCAAGGCCGAAAGAUCCACUUCCUGUGUGGUAGAAGUCCUGUCACCCUCAGUAAAGGACAACAAGUGUGGUUGGGGAAGCAUGUGUCUAUAGGAAGCAGCACGGAACUAGAGGUGCUAAAGUUUGCUGAGGGUGGUUUCUUAUUCCACUGGAGCAAAGAGGGCUCCAGACGUCAGAUCAAGACAACUGAUGAUCAGCCCAACACUCUGAGCUUCCAGAGUGUGAGAGAGGAGGACUUUGGUCACUACCAGUGUGAGGUGAAGAAUGCAGCUGCUGGGAAAGUGCUCUUCACUCUCUACACAGCUCUCUACAAAGAGGAGACAAAUCCUUUAUCCUCAGGACAGCGCAAAAGAUCAUUGCCAUCAGAUAAAGAAGUUGAAACUCUGUCAAAGCGUCCGAAAGAAGAUGUCACUGUACAAGUUCAUGAACAUGAGACUACAGCGUCUGCAGCUCAGUUGUGUCAAGAGUGCUCGGAUGAAGCUCUUCUCCAGUUGUCUACCGAGAUUGCUGGAUAUGACAAAUACAAGCUCAGGCUGGGCCUCAGUGAUGCUGACAUAGACGCUAUCGAUCAAAAUCCCGCCACGUUUUAUAAUAUCCCAGGGAGAUUUUACACUGCUCUGAAGAUGUGGAAGAGUAAAGGUAUUGAUUUGGAUAAUCCAUCAAAUUCAACAGCUACUUAUGGUCAAUUAGUGGACAUUGCAUCAAAGAUUGAGGACAGAGAGGCAGUUCGUAGCAUUCACAAGGCCGCAUACAAGACUGGAGGUCAUGGAUCAGUCAAGACCACAAUCCCCAUGCACUACUCUGGCAACACUUAGAAACAUAGACAAAUGGAUUAGUGUAUAAGAGGCUAUUCACCUGAGGAGCAAAUUAGUUGAAUGCACACAUUAAUAUCAAUUUGAUUCCGUUUUUACUACGUUCUUGUUAGGUGUGUGCAAUUGAAUAAAAUUAAACCUGG